AUGGGCCAGCAGACAUCGAGGAAGAGCGGAGAGUGUAGCUGCGGCUGCGGUGCCUGGGAGAGGCGUAGAGAGGGAGACUCGCCUAGUAGUGUACACAGAUACGUGAGCGCUGUCACGGACAGGUGGAGCGGGAGGGAGUGUGCGUGUCGCAGGAGACGGUGGAGGCGCCCCGCAUGUGUGUGCACCGCGUACAGACGAGUCAGCGACGCGUGCCACGAUGACAGACUGGCGGCCGUCCUUACAUUAGGAGCGAGGGAUCUGAGGAGGGAGCUGGACGCUAUAGUCAUUAACACAGAGGGAGACACUGGCAGAGAUCACGAGUCCACAACUGAAGUAUAUGUGCUGUCCGUGGGAACGAGGAGUGACGCGGAGUCCACGCCCGAGGGUCGAGCCACGGAGCUGGUGCAGGCCAGCGACCAGUCUAUAAGGAGGUUCCAGGUGGUGUGUGGCGGUGAGCUCCGCGCGCUGCUCCUCCGCGGCCCGCUGCCCCCGGCCCCCGUGCCGAACGUAGUACACACACACAGUCGACUACAAGCACUGUCUAGUGCCAGACCUGCAGGAGAUCACAGCUUGUUCAUUCUACUGGGGGAAAAUGGACCGCUAUGA